UCUACUUAGAGACAGAGUGUGUGUUAUAGAGAGAGAUAAUGUGGUCCUGAAGAGCCUUUUGAGCUUUUCUUCUCUCAGUGAGAAAUCAAGCAACAGAGAGAGAGAGAGAGAGAGAGAGAGAGACAGACAGGGAAAGCAAACUUUCUCUCCUCCUAUUGGACUUUUUCCAGACUUGAGUGCUGGAAUGGAUUUCCUCUGAUACUUUGGAUAUCACUGCACAACUGUGUGGUUUAUGCACGGAAGGGAUCUUUCAAGUUUUGUUGACUGAGCGUGUGUAGGUGAGGCUUGUAUGUGACAGGAGCGUGCUCGGAGCUAUGUCAGGUGUAACACGGAAAGGUUCUGGGAGACCAGGAUAUUACUACAGACUCCUGGGUCGAACGAGGCUACAGAGACAGCGCAGCCGCUCCAGGAGUAGAAGCAGAGCCACAAACAAUAGGGACUCUCCACCUGAGAAAACAGGGUGGAGACGUAGCAUGGCAGGCUCUGCCCCUGACAAACCCUCGCCCACAAUGGAGCCCACUGCUGCUGCUGCUACACCCUUCAGGGUCACAGGUUUUUUGAGUCGCAGGUUAAAGGGCUCAAUAAAGCGGACGAAGAGUCAGCCCAAACUGGACAGGAACAGCAGUUUCAGACACAUCCUGCCAGGCUUCAGACCUGUGGACAACGACAGGUCUCAUCUGAUGCCCAGGCUGAAGGAGUCGCGCUCUCACGAGUCUUUGCUCAGUCCCAGCAGUGCAGUAGAAGCUCUGGACCUCAGCAUGGAGGAGGAGGUCCUUAUUAAACCAGUGCACAGCUCCAUCCUCGGACAAGAUUACUGCUUUGAGGUGAGCACAUCCACAGGUAGUAAGUGCUUUUCUUGUCGUUCGGCCGCAGAGAGAGACAAAUGGAUGGAGAACCUGCGACGGGCCAUCCACCCUAAUAAGGACAACAGUCGGCGGGUGGAGAAUACGCUUCAGCUGUGGAUCAUCGAAGCUAAGGACCUUCCGGCCAAGAAAAAGUACUUCUGUGAGCUCUGCCUGGAUGACAGCCUCUAUGCCCGCACCACCUGCAAGCUGAAGACCGAUAACGUCUUCUGGGGUGAACACUUUGAGUUCAAUAACCUCCCUACAGUCCAGAACAUCACCGUCCAUCUCUAUAGGGACUCUGACAAGAAGAAGAAAAGGGACAAGAACAACUACGUGGGGCUGGUGAGCAUUCCAGUGGUGAAUGUCACGAGCAGGCAGCUGGUCGAGAAAUGGUACCCAGUUAGCCAACCCAAUCCAGGUAAAGGGAAAACAGCGGGUCCCAUGGUCCGCAUCAAGACCCGGUACAAGAGCAUGAACAUCCUGCCCAUGGAGCUCUACAAAGAGUUUGCCGAGUACAUCACCAACAACUACAUGCUGCUCUGCUCUGUGCUGGAGCCAGUCAUCAGCGUCAAGAACAAAGAGGAGAUGGCCUGCGCUCUGGUGCACAUCUUACAGAGCACCGGGAAAGCCAAGGACUUCCUGACUGAUCUGAUGAUGUCAGAGGUGGAUCGGUGCGGGGAGAACGAGCACCUGAUCUUCAGAGAGAACACGCUGGGCACUAAAGCUAUCGAAGAGUACCUCAAACUGGUCGGACAGAGAUACCUGCAAGACGCACUGGGUGAGUUUAUAAAGGCUCUGUAUGAGUCUGAUGAGAACUGUGAGGUGGACCCAUCCAAAUGUUCAUCUAGCGAUCUAGCUGAACAUCAGAGCAACCUCAGGAUGUGCUGUGAGCUAGCCUUCUGCAAGAUCAUUGAGUCUUACCGUGUGUUUCCACGGGAACUUAAGGAGGUGUUUGCGUCGUGGAGACACGAAUGUGGUAACCGAGGGCGGCCAGAUAUCAGCGAGCGUCUUAUCAGCGCCUCAUUGUUUUUGCGUUUUCUGUGUCCGGCCAUCAUGUCGCCUUCUCUCUUCAACUUGACGCAGGAGUACCCAGACGACCGCACUGCACGCACACUCACUCUUAUCGCCAAGGUUACGCAGAACCUCGCAAACUUUACCAAGUUUGGUAAUAAGGAGGAGUACAUGUCCUUCAUGAAUCAGUUCUUGGAGCAGGAGUGGACCAACAUGCAGCGCUUCCUGCUGGAGAUCUCCAACCCGGAGACCAUCUCAAAUACUGCAGGCUUCGAGGGCUAUAUUGACCUGGGCCGUGAGCUCUCCACCUUGCACUCCCUGCUAGCUGAGGUGGUGUCCCAAAUGGACCAGAGUGCUAUCUCCAAGCUUGGCCCGUUACCUAGAAUACUGAGGGACGUACAUGGAUCACUAACAAACCCCUCGAAUGUACAGAUGAGCAUUCCUUCUGAUCGUGUGCCGUCCCCUCCAACCCCUGGAUGCAGCAUCUCCAGUGGAUUACAAAAGAUGGCCAUCGACAGCGACCUGCCAGGCCCGAUGGACUUCACUCGCCUUCCUUCCCCCACCCCUGAAAACAAAGAGCUCUUCUUCGUCACACGCUCUUCUGGCCUCCAGGGCUCUCCUGCCCGCAGCUCUAGCUACUCCGAGACCAACGAACCCGAACUGGGCAUGGCCAAUGGUGGCAAGAGCUUGUCCAUGGUAGACCUGCAGGAAGCGGCCAGGGUGUUAGAACCCAUUGCUAUCCCGGCAGGGAUCACUUCAGAAGGUUUGGGUGAGGGUGCCAUGGUUCCCUGGAAUGCACGGACUCCCCACGGCAAUGUUGCCGGAGGCCCUUCUCUUCACAGGCCAGGACAGACUCCCACUACCCAAGGAACAGAAGGGGCCCCAGGCAGACCUACACAGCUCUUGGCCCCACUAUCCUUUCAGAAUCCAGUGUACCAGAUGGCAGCAGGGUUGCCCGUGUCAGCUAGAGGAAAUGCGAGUGGGGACUCUGGGUCGGAGUGUCACAGCUCCGUCAGUUCCCAUAGCAACAACGAGGAGGGUCUUGGAGGGACCAAGCACACGUUCCUUACCCAGGGAGCUUCGGUGGGGGAGGAGUUUGCAAGGCGUUCAGGAGAUUUCCCGAGACGACAGCUAUCGCUAACUGACGCGCAGCAUGGAAACCAGCCUACGGUUCCUCGACAGAGCAACGCUGGUCCUCAGCGUCGGAUUGACCAGCCGCCACCACCCACACAAACUGCACCCAGAGGACGAACUCCACCCAACCUACUGAACUCCACGCCCUACCCACGGCCUCCUAAUAACACUGUGAUGUCAUCAUCACCUGACUGGCCUGGAAGUGGCGCACGGCUUCGACAGCAGAGCUCCUCCUCUAAAGGGGACAGUCCGGAAAUGAAGCAUCGCGCACCACAUAAACAGGCCCCAUCCCCAGUGAACCCCAGUGCACUGGACCGCACCGCUGCCUGGUUGAUGAAUGUGCCAUAUAUAGAGCAGGAGUCUGAGACGGAGCAUUGCAGAGAUGAGCACACACAAGCUGAAAAGUAUCAGGCGGAGAUCAGUAGGCUGCAGGAGCAACUGCGUGUGUCGGUGCAGAGGCUGGAGGAAUACGAGCUCCGGAUCAAGGGACAAGAGGAGCAGGCGCAGAAGAUGUUGCUGGAGUAUCAGACCCGACUGGACGAGUCUGAGGAGAGACUGAGACGGCAACAGGAAGACAAAGAUCUGCAGAUGAAGGGCAUCAUAAGCAGGCUGAUGUCUGUGGAGGAAGAGCUGAAGAAGGAUCAUGCUGACAUGCAGGCAGUGAUUGACUCCAAACAGAAGAUCAUUGAUGCGCAGGAGAAACGGAUAGCAUCUCUGGACGCGGCUAACGCAAGGCUAAUGAGCGCCCUGUCACAGCUGAAGGAGCGCUACAGCAUGCAGACGCGGAACGGCAUCUCUCCCACCAACCCCACCAAGCUGCAGAUCACAGAGAACGGGGAGUUUCGCAAUAGCUCCAACUGCUGAUCCACAGAGAGACAGAGCGAAGAUAGAGGACGUGAGCAAGUGUGCAGGUAUUCUAGAAGUGAACACAAGUGAGGAGAAUGAAAACUGACCUUUGACGCUCCGCAAAGCGAUUGUUUGGAAAUGUGGAGCAAGAUCCACUUUAAACAUCCACUGAUGAGACUACUGUUCAAGUACUUCAUGUUAGGACACACCACUAGACAUUCAUUCGUGUUUCACAGCAACUAACUGUAAAAGAAAAGAAAAACUAAAGAAAAACAAUAAUACAGCUAACAUGGUGACAUUAUACCGAUACUAGGACCUUCUAGCCUGCAGAAAAAGUCAUUUCACUUGAAUUAAAAUAGAUGUUAUCCUCACAGCCUUUGGGGAAAAAAAGAAACUAGAUUUUGUCACAUUCAUUUAUAAUGGUCUCUGCUUUAAUAUGAAACUACAGAACGAGCAACUCUUUGUGGAGAAAUUAGCAUUCUCUUCCUGUUUCUGUUUCUCCCUACAUAGUGCACUUUGUCUCUCCAUCAUGAGAAGCCUUAAAAUGUUACAUUGUUUUUAUUUAAUUUUUACAGUUUAGAUGGACAUCUGUGAUUGAUUAUAAUGUGCAUAGAUUUUAAAAAGUAUAUAUUUUACAUUCUCCUUGCACACAAGUUCUCCGAUUAUUUUCGGGGUUUGUUUUGCUGUUUAAGUUAAUUUUUGUUAUUUUUUUCGACAAAAUGCUGUGGUCUGCAACAAACACAUUCUAAAUGUCAUUUCAGGUUCAUUUUAGAUAUGCCAAGAUUUUGAAUUAGCACAGACUGCUCAGACGUAGCAGAGGGAAGGUUUUAAACACUAGACUGGACUGACAUGAUUUUAGUUGGAAGUUUUGAAAACUGCCUUGUGUAGCUCAUGUUUUCUUCCUAUAUUGUUUGAGAGAGUUUGCUUUUUUUUUCUUCAUGGGUUUUUCUUCAGUUUAAUUUUUAAGUCAUUUGUACAAGUGUGUUUAUUUUUGUAUAUGUUGGUCCAAAUUGCUGCACACUUUACAUUUCAGCAUUUAGAGUUUGUAUAUUUUUGUAUUUAAUAACCUAUGUGAAGACUCUUCAGCACUGAGGUGCAGCGUGGAGCUGCUGUUUUCCUUUAAUUUGCUGGUCUUUGAGGAAGUGAGACACACGACAUGUCUUUAUUUUGAUGCAGAGAGAUACAGAUACAUUACAAGACUGCCUGUCAUUGGACGUGUAAGAUAGAGAUGUUAUUUUUAAGGGGGAAACCUCUCUGUAUAUGGGCUCUGUGAUGGAGUAUUAUGUGAAUGUUAUAUAUAAAGUAAGUUUCACAGGAACAGCAGAGUGAAUGACGGUUACAUCGGCUGAAUUGUGGGAUCAGAUUGAGACGCAGCGAUCUUUACAAGCACAAAGCACAUCUCUCGCCCCAGCUUCUCAAAGGCUUUGAAGACUAUGCACUUUUUCCCUUCGUUGUGUCCACUUGGGUUUACUUCACUCUACAAACACGUAGCAAACUCAAAGUGCUAAUUAUUAGCAUUAAGCUAGGCAGGAAAGUGGAAGUCAUUUGUCAUUCAGUUUCAUUUGUAGCAUGAUCAUCUGUCCCACUGUAGCCAAAUGCUAUAAACCCUUCCACACGCAGUGUAAAUGUCAUGAGUUUAACAACUGGACUGUGUUACAUACCUCAGCCAAUCACAUGCUCUUUUCAUGCCUUGGUAAAGUAGUUCUGCAUGUACUAAAUGCUUCAGCACUGUCUGUAUAAGGCCGAUUAGUAUCUAGAGUCAUUUAAAAUUCAUUUGAUCAACUUUUAAACUUGGCUUGGGGCUCGUGUGGUUGCACAAAAGGGAAUCCGUAUUUAUUUUUCACAAGUUUCCUCUCACAGACGUGGAUGUCAGCUUCUCUGUUUGUUCAUGUUCUGUUUUUAAUGAGCUCUGAGGUCUUGCAGAAUCGUUACGUCUGUUUUCAUCCACAUGAGAAGCUACUAGUGAGUCCAAAAAUAAAAUAAAAAAUGAAAUAGUUUAGAAAUUUAUUGAAUGAAAAGGACUUUUGCUGUCGUCUCGGUUCUUUUCAUCAAAUGUGUCUUUAUCUGGCUUCAUUUCAGUUCUCAAAGGUUAGCUAUUUGGGCAUGGUUUCGUUUUUUUUUUUUUUUUUCCAUUUUUUUUUUCAUUCUCCAAGCAGUCAAUGUGAAAUAGUAGCUACAUGUAUGUGAAAUAAAUCUAUACAAAUCUAUAAAUGAAUACCUUAAAUAUGUUGUACGUUUUAUAAUCCUUGUAGAAAACAUUUUUGUAAGUAUGUUUAAAGUAAAGUAUUGGCUGGACUCUUGGCUUGUUUUAGGACAAUGACAAGAACAAUAAUGUACAGAGAAAUUUGUCCAUGUUAAGAACUAUUCAAUUGUGGCUGUGCAAUUUAUGUACAUUUGCAACUAGAAUAAUUAAAGUUUUAUUUAGUUAUUUUA